CCUUCCUUCCCUCUCUGCUUCUUCUUCUUCUCCUACUUCCUCCAUAAAAAUGGCAGACACAACCGAAAAAACCCUAGAAAACCCUCCCACAAAUGGAAACCCCACAACCGAAACCCUUAAUCCAACUCCAUCACUCUCAAAAAGCGCUCAGAAAAAGCUUGUAAAACAACAGAAAUAUGAAGAAAAGAAAGCACAGAAAAAAGCCGCCAUGAAAGAACACAAGAAGAAAGAAGGUGAAAGAAAACGUAAAGAAUGGGAUGAGAAGCUAUCAACCGUUAGUGAAGAAGAGAAAUUAAAACUGAUUGAAUCAAGAAGAGAGCUGCGAAAAGAGAGAAUGGGGAUUAGGUCAGAAGAAAAAGACAAGAAGAUUGAGAGAAUGAUGAAAGCUAAAGAAAUUGGUCAAAAGAUUGUCAUUGACCUUGAUUUUGCUGAUUUGAUGAGUCCAACUGAGAUCAAUAGCCUCGUUCAACAGAUUAUGUAUUGUUACGCAGUGAAUGGAAGAUGUAGUUCACCAGCCCAUCUCUGGCUAACUGCAUGUGGUGGGGAUAUGGAAGCUCCACUUCAAAGGAUUCCAGGAUUUGAUAAAUGGUUAAUUGAGAAGGAAAACUUGUCCUACAUUGAAGCGCUGCAUGAUCAGAAGGAAAAUCUGGUUUAUCUAACUGCAGACUCUGAAAAUAUAGUGGACGAACUUGAUCCGAGGAAAAUAUAUAUUAUUGGAGGAUUAGUAGAUCGAAACCGAUGGAAAGGAUUAACCAUGAAAAAAGCGAAUGACCAGGGCAUUCAAACCGCAAAGCUCCCGAUCGGAAGUUACUUGAAAAUGUCAAGUUCACAGGUUCUGACUGUGAACCAAGUGUUCGAGAUACUACUCAAGUUUGUAGAAACAAAAGACUGGAAGACGUCAUUCUUUGAUGUGAUUCCUCAGAGAAAACGAGGGGAGGCUGAAACAAGAGAAGAUCAAGAAGGAGAAUACAAAGAAGAUGAAGAAGAACAUAAAGAAGAAGAAGAAGAAGAAGAAGAAGAAGAAGAAGAAGAAGAAGAAGAAGAAGAAACAAGUGGUGAAAGAAAAAAGAAGUGUAUUGAACAGCCAUCAGUCGUUGAAGGAAGGAUGACCGAAUGAGGAUAAAAUUCCCUAUUAUGAUUUGGGGUGCUAGUUUGUAGCCGACUGUUGGAACUUCUUGAUAUGACUGCUGGGGAUUUGGGAGGCAAUCCAAGAAGAAAGUCUAAGGCUAGUCUCCAUGAUUCUUCCAAUGGUGAGGAUCCUGAUCGCCAAUUGCAUGAAACAAUAGUGCUUUCUGCUAAACAAAUAGUAGCAAGUAUUGAAGCAAGUAAUGCGAGAGUUGAAGCAAGCAAUGCUGGUAUACAAGCUUUGCUUUGUAAGGUUGUGGAAUCUCAAACCCAUAGUCAGCAACAAAUGAUGGAGCUGUUGAAGAUAUUAGCAAAUAAUAAUAGUAUCAAUGAUGCUGGUAUUUCUACUGAUGAAGCUGCAGGAGAAUGUUCACGUGUCAUCUCUGGUAACUUGAAUCCUAAAGAUCAAGUAGAUAGAGUUGCUGAAAUUGGACCAUUGUGAGAUAAUAACAGACAACCAGUUGAGGAUGUUCUUCUACCUCUCAAAUACACACGUGGGAUAGCUCAAGCGAGCGUAAAAGGUGGUCAGGCGAACGAGGAAGAUGAACAGGUUAACAGAUGGGGUGAUGAUUAUGAUUUUCGUGGAUACGAGCCCCUAAGGGAAGCAAUCCAGGCACAAGACUGGGAGAAGGCUAAGAAAUAUCUAUUCACCAGUGGAAAUUUCUGGAAGAGAUUGUGAAGCUGGUACCACCAGUAACACUUGAAUACGUGAACCCACAAUAUGGUGGGACAAUAUUGCACUUUGCUGCGAUCCUUGGAAGCAUAAAAGCUGUUAAGAUGCUAGUUGAGAAGAACUCAAACUUAACACAAAUAUGGGGCAGUAGGGAACCCUAUCAUGUGCCACUCCUCAUGGCUGCAGUGAAUGCUACAGAUGGAGAAAAGAAGAUGGUGGAGUAUCUUUCCUCAGUGACUAGAGACGAGGACCCAAGUCCAUUCUCUGGUAUAUGUGGCCUUACGUUACUAACCAGUUUAAUUCAAUCGGAUAUGUGCGGUCUGGCAUUAUCCGUAUGCAAACAGUUCCCACGUUUGGUUAAUGAUCAACAUGGUCCAGAAUUAAUUUUUUCUUCGUUAAUAACAAUUGCGGGAAGGCCGUUUGCAUUUUUAAGUGGAUCAAAACUAAAGUGGUGGGAACGCUGCAUCUACUCAUUAAUCCAAGAGAGCAUGGAUAGUAUUCCACAUAGCGAUGGCGUCGUUGAAGGAAAACAAAAGCUUUUGAAGAGCUCAGAGAGCACCCAGAAUGAUGAAGAGAACCCUCGGGAGACCUCUGAAGUCUCCAAAAUCAUAAGGGAAAGCUCCUUAACUAGUAAUGCAGGAAGCAUAACCAACUAUAUCUAGCUCUACAUCAUGCACUACAUAAUGCAAGUGCCUUGUAUAAAACAAUUAUACAGCCAGAAGUUGAUGCACAAACAGGUUGUUUCUUUGGUAGCAUAUUUUAUUGGACAUUUUAGUAAAACAUACAAUACAACAAACAUCACCAAUCUUUUUCUCAAAUCUAACAUCUUGGGCAUUGCUAUGAAGUUUGGAACCACAGAAUUUGUUCUGGAGUGUCUUCGGGUAUUUCCUCACCUGUGUUUGUUCGAGGGAGCACAUACAAUAGCAGGAUUAGUUAUCAGAGAGCGGAAUGAAAUGAUAUAUAAUUUCAUAUACAUACUAAGACAAAGAGCCAAACUAGAUGGACAUCCUAUCCUCUAUAAGAACAAUAACACUAUACUGCAUUUCAGUGCUGAGUUAGCUCAUAACCGUCAACUCAAUUGUGUAGCUGGUGCAGCGUUUCAGAUGCAACGAGAAAUACAAUGGUUUAAGGGGGUGGAAAAUACAACGCCACAAAAAGAAAGGUUUAUAAGAAACAGUGAUGGAGACACGGCUCACUUUCUAUUCACAGUGAAACACAGGGACCUAAUGGAAAAAGGUGAGAAAUGGAUGAAAGAUACAUCCUCAUCGUGCAUGGUGGUAGCUGCCCUUAUAGCUACCGUAGCAUUUGCAGCUGCUAUUACUGUACCAGGAGGUAAUAUCAGCGACAACUCCAGUAAAAAGAAUGGUAUCCCAGUUUUUUCGGACAGGAAGUCGUUUAUGGUAUCUGCAGUAACAGAUGCCUUAGCUCUCUUCUCCUCUAUCACGUCAGUAAUUAUGUUCUUGGCUGUGUACACGUCACGUUAUUCCGAGGAGGAUUUUCUAAAAUCCUUGCGACAAAAAAUAAUUAUAGGUUUGGCAACUCUGUUCAUAUCCAUGGCAACCAUAUUAGUAGUUUUUGGAGCAGCGCUUACGAUUGUUCUUGGAAAAAGAAUUUCAUGGGCUCCAUUACUUGCAACGUUAUUGGGUUGUGCUCCGGUUCUCUUGUUCGGUUUUCUGCAGUUUCCAUUAUUGGUAGAAAUGGGUCUAUGGUAAAAGCCCAUUGAAAAGUUGUUGGUGGAUGUCAUUGGAAUUAUGGGUUGGUCCUGCUUUAGAAAUUGGAACCCAAGACUAUGUCGCAUUUUGGACUGUAUGAAACUGAUCCAAAUAUCUUCAACUUGUUCUGGAUUCGAUAGGCUGCUGUAUGGGAUUACUAAAUUCCAACCCGGUUGUAAAAUAUAUCUCUGGAGCAUCGAUGUCCAAUUACAAAUGCAUGCUUUUCUUGUCGGAUGAGGAUGAUUUCCAAAAUAAAUUUUACUUAUUUUAAUAGUUUUUUUCUUUGAAUUGUUCUGGACAGAUCGUCCACUUAAAGGACCCAAAAA